AUGGCCACCUCUAUGACUACGUCACCCUCCCUCCCCCACUCUGCCGACUCCCAGCUCUCAUCUCUCUUCUUCACCCACCUACCCGCUGAGAUCCGCAAUCUCAUUUACCUCGAGUAUUGGAAGCUCUGUUCGGUCCGCCAGCACAUCUUCAAGUACCGCCUUUUGGACAAUGACCGUGAAUCAUACACGGAGGCAUGGGCACACGUCCCUUGUCGGGCUGAUCUGGAAGCGCCUGACACCCGCUUCGAAGAGCUUGGCCAAAGCGUGAAUGGGUCGCCCGAAAGGGAACUCUGGGGGAAGCGGUUGAGGAGCGAGUGGUGUCUGCAUUGGAUGUGCGAAGAAGAUGCGAAAGCUGUGGGUGAGCGGAUGAAGGAGGCUUCAGAAUCUCAACAGGACGGUGCUCCUGUGGUUGUUCAACAUUCUCAUGGACCGGGAAAUGCUGGGAUUCUGACCGCCCUCUUGGUGUGUAAGCGGAUGUACCUCGAAUGUCUCCCCUCACUUUACAACAACACGACCUUCAUCCUAACUGACACACGCACCGCCGUUAAUUUCCUCUCUCGCUAUGUCCCCAACCAUAGCGACGACGCCUCAAGUCCUGCACCUAAGAGCUCGGUCCCUCAUCCCAUCCGCUCCCUCGAACUCAGCAUCCGCGUUCCCAACAUCAUCACCGAGAUCUACUACCCCUCCAACCCCAACACCCCGGGUGGAGACGAUGGGCCACCCGCUGUGUUCGCCGCCGGCCCCGUGGCAGCCGCACCUGACGGCAACGGGACCCUUCGCGGCUCUCGCUCGACUCUCAACGCUCGCAACAAUCCCUGGCGCCACCUUUGCGAUACCGUCGUCGCGCUUCUCCCAUUGUUGCGCCACCUGCACAUCUGGCUGGACUCGAGCGACCUGCGGCCGUGGCAUAAAAGGGUGAGCGAGACGCGGUUUUUCGGACCCUUUCUCGACCUCCCGCGGCCUCACUCGCUAGAGCGGUUUGUGCUCUCGUUGCCGGGGUUACCGGUACGCAGAGGCCCGGAUACGCAUGCCCUGACGGGGCAAUAUCUGGAAAACGAGGUGUUGGAGAGGCUGCCGUUUGUGGUGAAGAGGGGGCCGAGACCGGAUAAUAUGCGGGUGCAUAUGAGAAAUAUUGUACAUUUCGGGGCGGUUGGGUUUCCUCCGCAGCCUACGGCGGCUACCGUUGUUGUGGCAAGUGGGUAUAGUGGUGGUGGUGGUGGUGGUGGUUCUACGACUGCCUCGUGA